ACUGAAACAAAACAGCAAAUUAAUGGAGAGUCUUACUUUUUCCAUUGCUCUUUUAAUCUUGCUAUUGAAUAGCUUUGCCUUCUCCUUGAAUUCUUACACAGAUAAAAAUGCACUUAUUUCCUUCAAAAAUUCCAUCACUUCCGACGCUAAUGCUAUCUUGAGCACCAAUUGGUCGCAAAACACACCAGUCUGUAAUUGGAUUGGUGUGUCGUGCGGCCUCAAACACGGCCGUGUCACUGCUCUCAAUCUCUCUCGAUAUGAUCUUGCUGGAACUGUUGCUCCCCAUCUUGGAAACCUUACGUUUCUAAGAUAUUUGGACAUCAGUUCCAACAAUUUUGUUGGGAUGUGUCCCUUUGAGCUCUCUAAACUGCGUCGUUUGAAGGUGAUGAAUUUGGGAGCGAAUUCAUUCACCGGAGAAAUACCAACAUGGUUGGGCAGUUUACCUCAACUGGAGGAACUCUAUCUGUCCAAUAACUCUUUCUUAGGUAAAAUUCCUUCGUCUUUGUUUAACAAUUCCAAGCUUCAGACGUUGCAGAUAUUAUACUUGCACAGUAAUAUACUGAGUGGAUCCAUACCACAUGUUAUCUUCAACGUGUCUUCCCUAAGAAAAAUCGGAAUUGGAAAUAAUAGCCUAUCAGGUCGGCUCCCAAUUGAUAUGUGCAACAAUAUGCCCAACAUCAAAUUCUUGUCACUCUCUUGGAACCACCUCGAAGGGCAGAUUCCGUCAAAUAUAUGGAAAUGCACACAUCUUGAGAAGUUGUCAUUAUCCCACAACAAUUUCAGUGGAAGCAUUCCACGUGAAAUUGGAAGAUUGAGCAUGCUUACAGAGUUAUACUUGGGGUACAAUGGUGGUUUUCAAGGAGGAGUUCCAUCGGAAAUAGGAAAUCUUUCAAGGCUUGAGAUAUUACAUAUUGCCGGCGCUUCUCUAACAGGAAGUAUCCCAAUUUGCCAAAAUCUUCAGAAAUUGUAUCUUCAUAACAACAAGUUCACAGGACUUAUUCCUCCGAAUAUCUGGAAGUGCAAAAAUCUUGAGAUCUUGAACUUAGAUCACAACAAUCUCAGUGGCAACAUCCCUCAUACAAUUGGAAAUAUGAGCAUGCUUAGAGAUUUGUACUUGGGUCGGAACCAUUUCACAGGUACUCUUCCAUCAUAUUUCGGAAACUCACUAAUCAAUCUUGAAAAGCUUUUUUUGGGUUAUAACAGACUCAGUGGCUCAAUUCCAAGCACUAUCGCCAAUGCUUCUAAACUUACAAUCUUGGAGAUGCAUGGCAACUCAUUUAGUGGCUCUAUACCCCUCUUCGGUAAUUUGAAGCUCCUACAUUCACUUCUCCUUUUCGAAAACAAUUUGAGUGGAGCAGAAUUCACUACUCAGGAAUUAACAUUUCUCUCUUCAUUAACUAAUUGUCCACAUUUGAAGUACCUGAAUAUAAAUAACAAUCCACUAAAUGGCAUCCUACCUGCUUCACUAGGAAAUUUUUCCUCAUCUCUUGAGGGUAUUGUAUUAGAAAACUGCGGCAUCACGAGUGUCAUUCCUUUUGAAUUAGGAAACUUGAGCAGUUUGCUAACUAUAAGUUUGAUGAUAAAUCAGUUGAGUGGAUUCAUUCCGCCAACAAUAGGAAAAAUGAAGCAACUCCAAAGACUAUAUCUUGGUGGCAAUCAAUUGGUAGGGUCUAUCCCUAACCAACUUUGCCAAAUGAAUCAUUUGGGGGAGUUGGACCUAAGCAUGAACAUGCUUGUGGGUCCCAUACCUGAAUGCUUAGGUGAUGUUAAAUCCUUGAGAGAGAUCAGCUUAGGCUACAACCAAUUGAAUUCAACCAUCCCUCCUAACUUGUGGGUUCUCACAGACCUUCUAACUUUGAGCUUGUCCUCCAAUCAUUUGAGCGGUCAUUUGUCAUCUCAACUGGGAAAUUUAAAGUCGAUCGCCUCAUUAGAUUUGUCGUCUAAUAAAUUUCCAGGAAAUAUUCCCACCUUGAUAGAUGGUUGCCAAUCAUUAGAGUUUCUUAACAUAUCAAAUAAUUUUCUAAGUGGAUCAAUUCCUCAAUCCUUGGUAAAGGUUAAAGGUUUGAAAACAUUGGAUUUGUCUUACAAUAAUCUUUCUGGAUCAAUACCCAAGUCCUUGGAAGACCUAUGUUGUCUUGAAAAUUUUAAUGUUUCCAACAACAAACUGGAAGGGAGAAUUCCAGAUGGUGGUCGUUUUCGUAACUUCAGUGCACCGUCUUUUGCCAACAACUUAGCUUUGUGUGGUCCAAUAACAUUUCAAGUUCCAGCCUGCGCAGAAAGCCAUCACAGAUCAUGGUUAAAGAAACUCAUGGUGUCAUUAGUGAUUUUAGCUGUCAUGGUGGCGAUUGCAUUGCUUGCUUUCAUAUGGAUGUGUAAACAGAAAAAAGUAGCCAUCCCAGUUGAGGUCUCACCACAGACAGUUACAUACAGAAUAAUUUCUUACACAGAACUUGAACGAGGAACAAGUUCAUUUAGUGAAACCAACCUACUUGGAAGAGGUAGUUUUGGUUCUGUAUUUGAAGCAACACUUUCCGAUGGGUUGAAAGUUGCAGUAAAAGUGUUCAACUUGGAACUACAAGGAGUGGCAAGGAGCUUUGAUGUUGAAACUACUAUAUUGAGCAGGAUUCGACAUAGAAACUUAGUUCGAGUUAUUGGAUGUUGUUGUAAUAUGGAGUUUAAAGCAUUGAUUCUCACAUAUGUGCCAAACGGGAGCUUAGAGAAAUGGUUACAUUCUGGCAUGUAUGGUUUGGAACUUAUACAGAGGUUGAAAAUAGCAAUAGACGUUGCGGCCGCCUUGGAAUAUCUUCAUCACGGUCAUACAUUCCCAAUUGUUCACUGUGAUAUAAAGCCAAGCAAUGUUUUGCUUGAUCAAGACAUGGUUGCCCAUCUAGCUGAUUUUGGCAUUUCCAAGCUUUUCGAUGGAGGGGAAACUAUCAUUCAAACACAAACACUAGCAACUAUCGGUUAUGCAGCACCAGAGUUUGGAAUGGAAGGGAAAGUAUCAAUAAAUGGAGAUGUAUAUAGUUUUGGGAUACUUGUGCUGGAGAUGUUUACCGGAAAGAGGCCAACGGAUGAUAUGUUCGAUGAAGAAAGAAGCUUAAAACAGUGGGUAAGUGAAGCAUUAGAGGAAAAUGCCGCAACUCAAGUGAUGGCACCUGCUUUGUUGUCAAUGGAAGAUGAGCAUUACUCUGCCAAGGAGAAAUGCAUGUUAUCAACAUUUGAAUUGGCAAUGAAAUGUUUAGCUGUUUCAGCAGACGAAAGGAUCAAUAUGAUUGAAGCAGCGGCUGCUCUGCACAAGAUUUAUGCAACAUUUGUAGCAGGAACUCAAUGGCGCCGUCCAUGAAAUUUUGCAUCAGGAUUAAAAGCAGAUUCAGAAUUCUGGUCUGGAGAGGAGCAGAAAAGAAGAUUUGGGCUUAAGGAUUUCUCAACUGUGUUCCAUUGAUAAUGACCAAAUUAUGAUUUAAUUGUUGUAAUUAAAUCAGGCCCAGAGACGUGUAGAAUUAAUUAAUUCUUAACUUUUAUUUGCUUAUGGCCCAAAGCCAAAUUGUUAUUCAAACUUGGGAAGGCCAAAGUGUAAUUAUAUGCUUUUUAUUAAUUAAAGUCCAAAGGAAGAUAA